AUGGGCUGGUGGAAAGCAGACCCUACACCGGAACCUCCUCAACUUCCACAAUCACUCUCACACUCACAAUCACAACAAACUGCCGCCCUCAUCCCGCCGCAUCCCAUCCCCGCGCACCCCAGUACAAGUACAGGUACAAGCACAAGCACAGACCCAGCCGCAGCUUCCGCCUGCCCAAUCGACCCCAGUACGCGAGCAAUAUGGCUCCAGCAAGCCCAGAAAGUGCAACAGCAACAGGCAAAGAGAUCGCCAUCGUCAUCGCCCUCGCCAGGACAAAUACCAGGCCAGCCUGACCUCCCAGCCCGAACCUCACCACCGUCGCCACCACCGGCACCAUCGCCUUCCCCUUCCCUCCGCGAUAUCACCACGACCAGCGCAUCAGUCGAAUGCUCCUCCGACCGAAUCGACCAAUACCCCACUGCCGCCUCCCAGUCCGCGUCAGCAUACAGCCCCUCCCGCCCCCUCUCUCACGACCGCGUCGUCUCCUCCAUCCCACGAGCCACAACAACGGGGACCUUCACCACGCCCGCAAACUCCGAGACCGAAACAGGCCCUCACCCGUCCGGCAACUGGAUCUACCCGUCCGAAUCGCAAUUCUUCCACGCGGUGAUGCGCAAGCAAACUCUAUCGACCUCGUCCCCGGAAACCCUCGCCUCGAGUAUAAGCAGCAUCAUCCCGAUCCACAACGCGGUCAACGAGCGCGCGUGGACACUCAUCAAGGAAUGGGAGGUGCCGGCCACGGAGGCCACGCGGACCAAAUCGUGCGCGGGUCCCAAAUUGCUGAAAUUUCAAGGGUUGGGCGCUGGGCCGCAGAGUCCCAAAGCCCGGAUCUUGGGGUUGUGCGGGUACACGGCGCCGUUUGACAGGCAUGAUUGGACGGUGGAGCGGUGUGAUGGCCGCAGGGUCGAGUAUGUGAUUGACUUUUAUCAGGGGAAGGCGCAGGCGUCGGAGGGGAGGAGUAGUAAUAAUAAUUUGAAUUUCUAUCUCGAUGUGAGGCCCAAGUUGAACACGGUGGAGGGGUGGAGGAUGAGGGCCGAGAAGGUUGUGGGGUGGCGGUGA